AUUCCUGUCCUCAUUCCGAACAUUCUUAGCAUCGCUCGCGCCGUGCCGCGCCGCCCGAGCCGAGCCGAGCCUCUGCAGCCGCCGCCGCGGCCCCGCCGCCCGCCGCGGGCGCCCAUCAAGCACUUUGCAGACUCGCUUCCACCCUGCGGGCCAGUCCGCGCGGCGGGGCCCGGGCUCGGGGCGGCCGCGUCCGGGGACAGGCCAUGCAGUGAAUCCCCCCCACCCCGUCCACCUUUGCCCGGAGCCGUGGGCAGCAGCCCAGUUCGUCUAGCCGGUCCCGGGGCAGGAGCGGUGUUAGGCAGGGGUGGGGUGGCCCAGCCCGGGGAUCGGGAAUCGGGGAGGGAGCCGGGCUCCGAGCUGAAGGCGGGGGAAGCGGCGCCGAAGUUUGCCUCGGACUCGCCAGGCGCUGCGGCGGCUCCCUUCGCCGAGGUUUAUUUUCUUGAAAAGGCUCCAGGCUUCGGCUUGGAAAAUCCAACCGCCAAAAUUGAGCCCAGCAGCUGGAGCGGCAGUGAGAGCCCUGCCGAAAACAUGGAAAGGAUGAGUGACUCUGCAGAUAAGCCCAUUGACAAUGAUGCGGAAGGGGUCUGGAGCCCCGACAUUGAGCAGAGCUUUCAGGAAGCCUUGGCUAUCUAUCCACCAUGCGGGAGGAGGAAAAUCAUCUUAUCAGACGAAGGCAAGAUGUAUGGUAGGAAUGAAUUGAUAGCCAGAUACAUCAAACUCAGGACAGGGAAGACGAGGACCAGAAAACAGGUGUCUAGUCAUAUACAGGUCUUAGCAAGAAAGAAAGUUCGAGAAAUUCAAGCCGCCAUUAAGGUGUCUAGUCACAUUCAGGUUCUUGCCAGAAGGAAAUCUCGUGAUUUUCAUUCCAAGCUAAAGGUAACAAGCAUGGAUCAGACCGCAAAGGAUAAGGCCCUGCAGCACAUGGCCGCCAUGUCGUCAGCCCAGAUCGUCUCGGCCACUGCCAUUCACAACAAGCUGGGGCUGCCUGGGAUCCCACGCCCCACCUUCCCAGGGGCACCGGGGUUCUGGCCAGGAAUGAUACAAACAGGGCAGCCUGGAUCUUCACAAGACGUCAAGCCCUUCGUGCAGCAGGCCUACCCCAUCCAGCCAGCAGUCACGGCCCCCAUUCCAGGGUUUGAACCUGCAUCAGCCCCAGCUCCCUCGGUCCCGGCCUGGCAGGGCCGCUCCAUUGGCACAACCAAACUUCGCCUGGUGGAAUUCUCAGCUUUCCUUGAACAGCAGCGAGACCCAGACUCGUACAACAAACACCUCUUCGUGCACAUCGGGCACGCCAACCAUUCUUACAGUGACCCAUUGCUCGAAUCAGUGGACAUUCGUCAGAUUUAUGACAAAUUUCCUGAAAAGAAGGGUGGCUUAAAGGAACUGUUUGGAAAGGGCCCUCAAAAUGCCUUCUUCCUCGUAAAAUUCUGGGCUGAUUUAAACUGCAAUAUUCAAGACGAUGCCGGGGCUUUUUACGGCGUAACCAGUCAGUAUGAGAGUUCUGAAAAUAUGACAGUCACCUGUUCCACCAAAGUUUGCUCCUUUGGGAAGCAAGUAGUAGAAAAAGUAGAGACGGAAUACGCAAGGUUUGAGAAUGGCCGAUUUGUCUACCGAAUAAACCGCUCCCCAAUGUGUGAAUAUAUGAUCAACUUCAUCCACAAGCUCAAACACUUACCAGAGAAAUAUAUGAUGAACAGUGUUUUGGAAAACUUCACAAUUUUAUUGGUGGUAACAAACAGGGAUACACAAGAAACUCUCCUGUGCAUGGCCUGUGUAUUUGAAGUUUCAAAUAGUGAACAUGGAGCACAGCAUCAUAUUUACAGGCUUGUAAAGGACUAACCGUGGUUAUUUAUAUAUAUAGAUAUCUGUAUAUACACACACAUAUGUGCGCACACACACACACUCUCUCCAUGAUCGAGCGACUGACUGUAAACCUCACCAUGCAGGGGUGCUGCCCUGGCCUUGAGGUCACCCCGAUUUUUCUAAAUCCUGUUUGAAGUCAUUUUUUCAUGUGUUCAUGCUCAUUGUAGCUGUGAAGUUCUGGUACAGUUGUAAAAAGAGAAGUCGAGUUGUUUCUGUGUUACUCAGAUCCACAGCCCACAAUUCCUCGGAAAGGUGAACCUUAAGAACCCAAGUCUCUGUCUGCAGAGACCUAUUUCUCAUUGUGGUAGAAAAAAAAUUGAGACAGAGCAUUUGCCAUUGGACAUUUACAGCCUUUAUACAAAUGUAUUUAGUGUGUUUUUUUUUUCCAACAUAAAAUUCUUGUUUUAAGAUACAAGUAAAAUUAAUCUUUAAAUAUAAAUGUAAAUUAGUACACAAAACUAAGAAUCUUUAGACUUAUCUUUGUAACUAAUUAGGGUGGAAGUUAUGAAAGAAUGUAAUUCACUAAAUUAUUUUUUAAAUGAAACUUUUCUUUCUUUUUGAAACCAAAUGUUAAAAUAUAGCCUUAAGAAAUACUUGGUAGAAAUAUCCUAAUGAGACAAAUUUGUACUUUUUUCCUCAAGGUUAAAACUAAUCUCCUAAUCCAUUAAACUCUUGAAACAGGUAUUACAGAGGAAGAAAACUUCACCCCUUAUCCUUAACAUAUAUAGUAUAUUUAAAAAAUAUAAAAUUGUAUUGUACUAAUGUGAUGAUUAUUUAAUGAAAAAAAAAAAGAUGGCUCUUUUUGCAAUAAGUAGAUAAAUACUGAAAAUCUAAGCUUACAAUGUUUAUAGUCUUGUGUGUGCAGUUAUAUUUUAUAUGGACAACCAAAUUUUUUUAUUAAGAUGAGUAAAUAUUUGAACCACUGAAAUUUAAUAACAAAAAUUCAAAAUUGGCAUGAAUACUGCACUGUGAGCUGCAAAUUAUAGAAAACCCUGUGGCUGGGAGAAAUUUCAUCAAACCAAACUUGUAAAAGGCUCAUCAGUUUUAGGAUUUCUGCUCCCCGGAAAAUCACAAGCAUACUCACCAGCCUGUGGAUAAAUUAUUUCUGGUGAUCCAGCAUGCAUAUUAACCUGCUGUAACUAUGUGUGUAUGUGUGUGUGUACAUACAGACAUACACAUAUGUAGUUAUUCAGCGCUUAUUUAUUGAACAUCUGUUCAGUGUCACUCAGUCUGCCCGGUGCUGAUACAUGUAUUUCUCAAUCUGUGUCCGUAGAUUUUGGUGUAUUCUCUAAGGACACCCAUUUUCUUGACAUCUCUCAAUAAGUCACAAUACUUACUUGACUGAGGCUGAAGAGGCUCGGCUAUCUAUGUCUGCCCUUUCCAAACAGGUUCAUUUGGGACGUUUUCUUCCCAAGAGAGAUUCAGCUUUCCAACCCAUAUAUUCCAAAGCAUUGUCCAGGCAGAGUUGGUGUGGUGUGGUCACACGUCUUGUCACUUCCAUACAUUGGGAAGGGGACAGGGCAUACUCCUACCUUCCUGGAGGAAAUUGACUUGUUGACAAUUGUCGGGAGUGUUAACACUACAGAACAUGAAAUGUCUUGCAAGUUGUAAAGCAUGUCAAGACUUUUACAUCAAGCCAGAAAAGUAAAAAAAGCUUUGUACUGUCACAUUCAAGUAACCUACACACCCUCUUCCCUAUUCCCCGCAACCAACUGUGACCCUGCUUAUAUAUUGGCUAGUAUCUGAGGUCAGGAGCAUGAGGGUGUGGCUGGUUUGUGGAAACAGAAUGCUGAACCAAGCCUAACCGCACCCAAACCCAUGACCCUGGUCCCUGGGAAGACCAGAGGAAAAAGUGCAGAACUUUCCCCUUUUGGAAUGCACAUCCCUUACAUCAGCCAGCAGGAUGGUGUGCAUCUUCCCUCCAUAAACAGACUACAGUUUGUUCCCUGAUUCCAAGUGGGCCUUUGAAGAGUUGACCCAGCGGCCCACCCUUCCAUCUGGUUUUCGGCCCACGUAUUAAGCUUCUCCCUUGGUCAUCAUACUUAUGACUUCUGUUGGUCACCCCUCUUACAGGUGCUUCUUUUGCUCCCAUCUCCUGCAUCUUACUGAAGAUUAUCCCCAGUCUUCUCAGGACCUAGGGGUGCAAGUGAUCUUAGGUGGCCAUCCCAGAACUUCAGGGGAAGAGGUAUCUGGUUCACGUUCUCUCCCGGGGAUGGGACUCUUCCGUGCUGCCAGGAGGGCUCUUAGGAUUUACUUUUUUCAAAGCACAAAUAGACUGAGACCCAAAAACACCAGCUAGAGAUUAGUUCUGUUUACUGAACAGUAGAUCAUACCCUGGCCUCCCAAGGUCAGGCUGGGCCCUCUGAUGCUUGUCCUCUUCCUCCAGAUGCCUUUGUAGUUGCAUUUGGGGUCUCCAUGGAUGACCUUGAGGGUUACUUUUUGCUCUUAAAAAAAGUUUGCUUCUUGUCUUGUUCUAAAGAUUUCUCCAGGGCAGGUAGUUUCCCUGUCUUAACCACUGGUCCAUUUCUCUGUCUCUUUUAAAUUAGACCCUGGGAUUAGAUUUGUGUGACAACAUCUAAUCCAAGUCUGGUUUUUGGUCUUUGACCAUUCAUGGCAGAGUCUUAUUCAUUUGUCAAGCUUUCUGAACCAUAAAGAAGCCUUUCCAAAACUCUGUCCUCGCGGCUCUCUUCUGGGUGCUCCAUCUCCUGGUUGACCCUCCACUCCCAGGAUUGAUUCAGGGACAUCUUGUGCUUUCACUGGAGAGUUUGGAGGCCACUUUCCACAGCCUGAAUAGGAAGAAACUAAAGAACUGAGCUUUGGUCUCUUGGCGUUCAUUUCCCAUCUUAGCAAGAGACCUAAGUAAAGUCGAGGCUUUUUCAAAACAUGUCCUAGAAUCCCAGAAUGUCUAAGCUACCCUAGACCAGGGUUUCUCAACCGUUUCUAGACACUGCCGACAUUUGGACCAGAUAAUUCUUUGUGGUGCAGGGCUGUCCUGUGCCUUGUAGGAGGUUUAGCAGCAUCCCUGGCCUCUGCCCACUAGAUACACUCUUUCCCCAGUUGUCACAACCCCAAGUAUCUCCAGACAUUGCCAAAUGUCCCACGGGCCACAGAAUUGCCCCUGCUUAAAAAGCACUGCCCUACAUCCACAGGUCACAAAUGCCAUACUUGACAUCUUCUUUUUCCUUCCAUUUUAUCCUGAGAAAGCUUCUCUCCUGGGAGCCUUGUUUCAGGCCAUCAAGAGACAGGUAGGAAUAUUAUUCAAAUGACAUUGUGUCCGUGUUUCUUCCUGUUUCAGAGCCUCUACUUCACAACGGAGUCUCUCAGCUACAAGUAUUCUUUCCUUCCUCCCUGGGGAAAUCGGGGACAACUGGUUACCAACAUCCCUGUGAUCAACUCACACUGCUUAAAGAGCAUUUCUAAUUUGCUCUUCAUUCCUUAUUUCGUCUGGUUAAAAAAUGCCACCCAUCUUCAUUAUUUCUCAUAAGGUUAUUGUUCUCAUUAUCAGACCUUUGAUCAUUUCAGUAAAUUUCUUCUGGCCUUCUACUUUUAGCGUUAGACUCAAUGUUUUUUGUAGAAUUUAUAGAAACUUCUGGAACACUUCAUCUUUAAAGAUGGAGGAGAGAAGGACUCGUUUUGUAAGGGGACUGCUGGAGUUAUUCUUUACUAAGCUAUAGGAGAGCACAGUCUACAGGCAUACCUCGGAGGCAGCACAGGCUUGAUUCCAGAGAACCACAAAAAAGCAAAUGUCACAGUAAAACGAGUCACACAGUGCAUGUGAAAUUUAUGUUUACCUAUAUUGUAGUCUAUUAAAUGUGCAAUAGUAUUAUGGCUAAAAAAAAAUCAAUGCACAUACCUUAGUUAAGAUAUUGCUGAAAAAUGCCAAAACAAUGACAAUAGUAACUUAAAGAUCACAGAUCAUCAUUAAAAAUAUGAAAACAAUGAAAAAGUUGGAAUAUUGUGAAAAUUAUCAAAAUGUGACACCGACACAAAGUGAGCAAAUGCUGUUGGAAAAAUGAUGCUAGCAAACUCAUUUGAUACAAACCUGCAAUUUGUAAAAACUGCAAUAUUUAUGAAAUGUGAGAAAACGAGGUAUGCCCAUGACCUCCUCCAGUCUGUAGAUGAGAGAGCUGAGAUCCGGAGGAGACGUGACUUGUCCAAAGUCACGUGCUGGUCAGUGACAGCUGGCUAGGAAGGCUCUAGGACUCUUGCCACUUGAUCCUUGGCCUUUUGGUGGGGGUUGUUCCUCUUUGGUGCUCAGUGAGGAAGAGAGGGAGAGGAAGACCCUUCUCCUGCCAGAGCAAGAGCAUCCCCUGGGGUUGAUGCUGCUUCUUCCUUGAGGAUCUUGUUGGGGAGGCAUCCACCAGCAGAUAGGAAAGCUGAUGAGCCUUUUCCUUAUCCCGAGGACAGUUCACCUGCCACAGGCUCUGAAUCAAAUUUUUCUUCACAAAACAUCCCAACAGCAAAGUCCCACUCUCAGACCAGCCAAAAAAAAAAAAAAAAACCCAGCCCCCAUGCCCAGAACUUGGUGUUACAGACCCAAGUCUUCUCUUUAGGUCUCAACACUCUAGCGGCUUUUGCAGUUUGUUUUUGUACAAACAUAAAUUAUUUAAAUCACACAAGAUGACAGUCAACUUUUCAAACCAGGUACCAAUCACUUGUAUGAUUUUUGUCUAUGCUCUGGUACACUACGCCUGUUCUAACGAAGGGUAGAACCCAUUUUGUGUGUUGGUGUUCACACCUGUGACAUUAAGAGGAUACGUCUGCAUUGCUUCUUUCCUUCUGUUGAUGUUUCUGUGGUGAAACCCUGCACAUGUCAUUUCUGAAAAGCCUUAAAUCUUCGCGAUGUUGCAUGUAGGGUUUGCAGUGCAGAAGGCUGCCUCAGAACUGUGAGCCCUUUUGUAAGCUGGAAGCAUUUCUCUUACUAUUGUUACUUUUGUAGGAAGUUUUCAAUUCAGAGCUGCCAAAGCGUUCAGUAAGCAGUGCCUUAGUGAUACUUAGUCGUGCCGCCAGCCUUUUCUCACAUCAGUUCUCUAUGUCCCUUUGCUAAUCGGCCCAGUAUUUAAAACAGAAUAAGCAAUUGUUGUUUUCAAUUUUAUUUUUCGUAAGCCCAUUUUUCUCCAUAUCUAUAGGAAACUGACUUCUUGGUCUGAAAUCCGAAAUGAACAGAAGUCAGUUCAUUGACCACACCGUCCAAUGUCUAUACCAAAACGGAAGGUCUUGCAACUUCAUAGUUUACUAUGAAAAGCAAAUUGUACACUUUAAAUGUUGCCUUUUAAAUCCACGACCAAAAACUUAGCUAUUUGUGAACCUUCUGCACUCUAGCAUGAAAGUGCCUUUGGUUUGAGAUUCCAGCUUAGAAAAGUGCUGCCAUAAUCAUGAUAAUUUGUAGAGAGACCAAAAAUAUUCUGAGAUCACCGUAAUGCCUUUGGUUUACCGGGAUGAAUAACCAACGACAGGCCUCUGUUCACAAGAGCACGACGCAGACCCCGCCUGCUGUGCAUCAUACGCCGUAGGGGAGCACCCCCACCACUCCCAGCCCUGGAGCCCACGGCAGCAGGAGGCUCCCCAGAAACUGGUAUGUUUGUGUGCCAGGACCCAGUGCGCCAUCCCUGCCCAUCGCCCAGCCCUGCGUCCGCCCGAGGGGACUUGCACACAAGCCGCAGGCCGUCAGCCAGUGGACAGGUGUGACCUUCUCCGUACGCUUGUGUUCACUCUGUAGAGCCUGCCCUUCCACUCAGAUGCCAGCGCGCACUUCUCCGGUUUACGCAGUGAUACCGUUUUGAAAGUUGGAAGCCUCAAACUGAGAUGACAGUGCAGAACAAAAAAUGGUUUAGGGUCAUCACAAUUGACGUGUUCUUCUUAGGGCGAAAAUGUUGACUCUGAGUGUUGUCUGAAUGUGCUAUGAGAAACUCCCAAAGAGUACCACUCACAAUUCGGAAUUUUCAAAGAAUGUUCCAGCCCUCUAAAGGGCAACUCUUUUAGAGUCCGUGUUGGCUUUUAUCAAAACUUUGUGUAAAUUGGGAAAACUGAUAGAGGGGAGGAAGAGGAGUGAAAAGGACGAGAAGGCAAAAACACCAGCCAAAUAAAAGCCAGGACAAAAAAAAAGACUGUUCUUUACCAAUAUAGACUUUACAAUGACAUUAGAAUCAUUGAAAGUUAGCCUCUGAAUGCGUAUGAUCCGUCUGUUUCUACCUGGUGUCUUUAAGAAUACCCUCUUUGGGCUCUCUGAAACUUCAGGAGUGAUUUCUAUCCACACCAAGUUGUGAGUACUCAUAGAAGUGUAUACAAUGAAAAAAAAAUGUCAAAUGAAAAGGAAAAUUGCUCAACACAAGUUAUAGUUAGCUGCUUGAAUUCAGCCCCUCUCUGUUAUGUCAAGACUACACCACAACUUGGAAGAAAUUAAUCAAAUAUUUGUUUUCCUGUUUCCCUCUUCAACUGUUACUGUGCUUUCUUUGGCAAUAGUUUUCUCUCAUUAACUCAUUGCUUAUAUUGUUAAGAAUGAAGGUUUGUGUUUAAAAUGUAUUGCAUUGCAAAGGAUAGUUUCACUGAAGUCAUGCACCAUAAAUAAGAUGAAAUAUUUGUAUUUAUUGUCCUACUUCCUAAGCUGUUAACUUGUUUUAUUCUGUGAAUUUGCAUUGAGUCUGUCAUAUGCCCCACUCCGUCAUUUUCAUAUUUGAAAUGGCAUUUAUUUUCCCUCUGUUCAUCAUUAAGUAGGGUCAGAUUCCAAAAGAUUCCACCUCUCUCAGGCUGGCUGUCUUUUGUCUGACUUCCAUUGUGAAAUUUCUUGUUCUCCUUUUCCUUAAGAGAGGCUGACAGAAUCUAGGUAUAUAUCAGUUGGAAACCAGUCUCUGGUUUUCUCUUUCCCUCCCUUCCUUUCUUCUUUCUCUUUUCCUUUUUGCCUCAGUCCUUUUCUGUGAUUAGUUUCACUGUGUAAAUUAGAUAUGAACUGCACUUCUUAAAAAAAAAAAAAUCUCCCUGUUACCUCCUUGAAAGAGUCACUUCCGUAGGCCUUUUUCAGUAGGCUCAUGACUGCAGAUAAGGAAGAAAAAAAAAGUAAAACAAAAACUACGUGCCUAAAAAUGACAAAAAAAAAAAUGUUUUGUAACAUUUAAAGAAGAAACCUGAAUAGCCUUUAAUUCUUAUUAAUAUGCUUAAAUUUUAUGUAAAUUGGUUUUUGCCACGUGUGUUUGUUCACAUUCUCAAUGACGUAAUGGGAUUCUCACAGUCUGUGUCUUCGUGUCACGUGUAUAAAAUGGGCUUGUGACGUAAGCGUUUCAUCUGCUCAGUGGUUCCUUUAAUAUUGUACUGCUGCUGGGAGUGGGCCGAGGAGUCUGCCUUUGGGCAGUAAGCUUCCUCUUGGAUAGAUUGGAGAGAUGGGGGGUAGGGGGUGCAAAUUCUCACAUAUGUUUUCUUAACCUAUUUGCAGAAGCUUUCAAAAGGCAUUUGGUUAAACCUCUUGGCAGUACAGUAUUCUUGUAUUUGUUAAUGUCUGUGUUUAGGUACUGGUACCUUUUUGUUUAAAAAUGUUCUAAGUGUUGGCUUUAAAGUGAAUUUAUCUUUAGUAUGAUAGUUAUAUGAAAAUUAUAGGGUUUGUGUGCAGAGAAUUUUUUUAUAAAGUGCUUUGUAAAAAAAAAAAUGUAUUCUAGCUUUCGCGGUACAUAUGUGUGAUAACUGUAAUAUCCAUGACAGUUAAGUGCAAUUAUUUCAUCACUCUAAAAAUGCUAUUUUUGUGUCAGUUCCUGCAGGUGUUUUCAUGUCUUUGCAAAGUGACACAUUUUGAUGCCUUCUUGAUAAAGUGGUAGACAUUUUGUAGCUUUAUAGAAACUUUGUAUUCAUACGGUAUCAAUGAAAAAUAAAGAAAAUGAAAGUGUG